CCAGAGUCCGAGCCACCUCCUUCCCACGUACUUCACACCCAGGGGUGGGCACCCACGCGCGGGCACCUGGCGGACACCCGCACGGCUGCACUGCGCCCAGCACACGCAGUCACACGACACAAACUCACACCCAUUUGCGCGUACCCGCAGCGUUCCUGCGCUUAUGUUCCGUUUCCCCACGCAGAGUCCUCAGGCCCCUUUGACCAAACAUUACCCGAGGGCUGAGGGUAGCAGCCGCAGGGGUCAGGUCACCCCUCUUGGAAACAUUCUCGCCUGGAAGGCACAGGAGCUGUUUGCUACCAUGGUUUGGGAAGGUGAAAGCCCAAAUGUUUGACUGAGUCCUUCAGAUGUUUUCCCCGACCGUGGGGAGCCCCCGCCGCCCUACAGGUGCCAGAAUGGCAGUAACUUUGGGGCCUUCGGACUCCUCAGGGAGGACUCUUAUUUUGAAGACCGGCCCCCAUUCGCCACCCCCGUGAUUUGCACGCUGACCCAAUGGCUAGCCCUUGGCCGGCUCUCUGCUUGUUAUCAAUUACAUGUUGUUCCUACAGCCGCUGUGUCCCCGGGAGGAUAAACAGCAGGCCUGGCCUGCUAAGAGAGGGGGCGGAGUCCAGCGGCCUGCCGGGGACUGUGCCCAGAACAGGGUGCCCCCUCCCCCUGCACGCAGCCUGCGCCUCUGGCUGCGCCACGUGCUGCUGUUUUUCAGGGACCGGCUUGAGCGCUGGCACUCAGGCUUUCAAGCCCUGGGUCCAGGAAGUCCUGGAUCCCCUGGGCACUCAGUACCUCACUGUCCCCAGGGGUUGCUUAGCACCGUUUUAAGAUCGUGUUAACUGGUUGGGGCCACUCCACUCCUGCAUCCAUUUGCUUCUGGGUUCUGGACUCGUUCAGCAAAGUCACCACAGGCUCGGCCAGGCCAGCAUGGUGGACCACUUGCUUCCAGUGGACGAGACCUUCUCGUCACCGAAAUGCCCAGUGGGAUACCUGGGAGAUAGGCUGGCCAGCCGGCAGCCAUACCACAUGUUGCCCUCGCCCAUCUCCGAGGAUGACAGCGAUGUCUCCAGCCCCUGCUCUUGUGCCAGCCCUGACUCGCAAGCCUUCUGUUCCUGCUAUAGUGCAGGUCCGGGCCCUGAGGCCCAGGGCAGCAUCUUGGAUUUCCUCCUAUCCCGGGCCACACUGGGCAGUGGUGGUGCCAGUGGAGGUGUCGGAGAUGGCAGUGGCCCUGUGACCUGGGGAUCGUGGAGGAGAGCCUCUGUGCCUGUGAAGGAGGAACAUCUUUGCUUCCCUGAAUUUCUGUCAGGGGACCCUGAUGAUGUCUCCAGGCCCUUCCAGCCUACCCUGGAGGAGAUUGAAGAAUUCUUGGAAGAGAACAUGGAGGCUGAGGUCAAGGAGGCCCCAGAGAGCAGCAGCAGGGACCUGGAAGCCUGUAGCCAGCUCUCAGCUGGGUCACACCGGAGCCACCUCCAUCCAGAGUCCGGUGGGAGAGAGUGCCGUACCCCACCACCAGGUGGCACCAGUGGGGGUGGUACCCAAGGUGCAGGUGAGGGGUCAGCUCAUGAUGGCCCCAUGCCGGUGCUACUGCAGAUCCAGCCUGUUGCUGUGAAGCAGGAAGCAGGUGCAGGGCCAGCCUCCCCAGGGCAGGCCCCGGAGAGCGUCAAGGUCGCCCAGCUUCUGGUCAACAUCCAGGGGCAGACCUUUGCACUCCUGCCUCAAGUGGUACCAUCCUCCAACUUGAACCUGUCCUCAAAGUUUGUGCGAAUUGCGCCUGUGCCCAUUGCCGCCAAACCUAUUGGCUCAGGAUCCCUAGGGCCCGGCCCUGCUGGUCUCCUUGUGGGCCAGAAGUUCCCCAAGAACCCAGCAGCAGAACUUCUCAAAAUGCACAAAUGCACUUUCCCAGGCUGCAGCAAGAUGUACACCAAGAGCAGCCACCUCAAGGCCCACCUGCGCCGGCACACAGGCGAGAAGCCCUUUGCCUGCACCUGGCCGGGCUGCGGCUGGAGGUUUUCACGCUCAGAUGAGUUGUCACGGCACCGACGAUCUCACUCGGGUGUGAAGCCGUACCAGUGUCCCGUAUGCGAGAAGAAAUUCGCGCGGAGUGACCACCUCUCCAAACACAUCAAGGUGCAUCGCUUCCCACGAAGCAGCCGCGCAGUACGCGCCAUCAACUGAGCGCAGUGGCCGCCCUCCCCUCCCCCACCUCCACAUUUUGUUUUUAAAUGCAAUAACUUAUUGCCUCUUUCAGAAGGAUGUGACAAUAUUACCAGUCCCCCUUCUGAAUCUUAGGAGGUAUGACCCAGAGCCGCCGUGGCUGCCUUUCCGGGGAGGACCCAGAGUCCCCAAGGUCCCUGGGGGCUGGUUCCCCGGUGGCCCAGGUGGCCCAGGCAGGCCUGUGCCCUUGUGCCUUUGUGCCUUCCUGCCAGCUGGAAGCAGUGUUUGGGGGGCCCUUGCCCUCCUCCCAUUGGGCUCCCUACCAGGGCCAAAGCCAACAUUAUCACUGGGGAAGGAGUGUUUUGGCUGUGUCGAAAUAGUAGCUCCCAGAGGAAGCCAUGCUGAGAAAAAGGAAGUAGGUCAAAAGCGCAGGGCUGUACUGUGGUGCGAGGACCGCCAUAUGCAAGAGGCCUCUGAGGGUCCAGGAGGAUGGCCACCCUCGCUCUAGGCCCUAACGCAAGUGCUUAAAUGCAAGACAAAUGGAGCCAUAUCCAUCCAUACCCAGCCUGGCUCACCCUCCUCCAGACGCCAACCUCCUGGCUGUGGUGGGAAGCGAAAGGAGCAGGUCUGGUGGAUGCAAAGCGACUAGCUAGCGCCUCCCAGUCUGACUUAGAUCCGCAUUCCUCGUCAGGUCUAGAAAUUAGUACCAAUUGAACUAGCUUGUUUCGACAGGUCUGUUUCACAUCCUAUGAAUGUAUGUAAAUAAACUGUACAUAGGUGCGCAUCUACAUAAAAUAUCUUUUAAUAACACGUUGACAUUUGUGUAAAUUUGAAAUUUAAAAAAAUUCUAUGAAGUCAGUGUACAUAUGUUACAAUUAUGUAUAUUUUCUUUGGUCCUUCAUAAAAAAUAUAUUUACUUUGCCAAUAAAAAGAGAGAAAAAAAAAAGAACUCAA